UUUCCACACCACACACUUUUUACACCACACACUUUCCACACCACACACUUCCUACACCACACACUUUCUACACCCCACACCUUCUACACCACACUUUUUACACUGCACACUUUUACCAAACCCACAUCUACACCAGCAAGAUCUUCAUUAUCAUCAUCAACAUGGCCAGCUCAUCGGUUCAGCAUCUCAUACAUGGAGAAGAGGAGAAGAAGAACCAGGGAAUGAAGAGGAGCAGGUCCCAGCUGACACCUGACCAUCCUGCAGCUCCUGAUGUUUCACUAGCGAAGAGGAGGAAGAUACAGAGCUCCACCACUGUCCCUCUUACGCACUGGAUGGUCGUCAGGAACACCUUUUGUUCUCGGCUGCUGAGGUUGGUAGGAGAGUUCUUGUGCCGCCGCUGUCGACUCCUUACGGGUCUUCGUCCCACCGUUCCACCGUUUUGGAUUCAGAACGUGGACGUGGCGCUGACCGUGCUCGGAGGUCAGGAGCAGCCCUUCAUCUGCUCAGGCACCGUGGCCUUUCUGUUCAUGGUGUUGCGUGACACCGUCUCGGCGGACGUGGCCAGCGUGGAGGAGCUGCGGGCGGUGCUCCUCUCCUGCUUGUAUGUAUCGUAUGCAUACAUCGGUCAUGAGAUCUCCUACCCAGCACUGCCUUUCAUCAUGAAGACCGACAGGCAGACAUUUUGGAAGCGCACCCUGGACAUCACCAAGCGCAUGAGCCGGAAGAUGCUCCAGAUCAACAUCUCGCCACAUGUCUUCGCCAAGGUCAUUUCUGACCUGAAGAAACAGACGGACCAUUAAUUUAUAUUUUACAUUUAAAUAACAUUAGAAAACACUUUUUAUUAUUAAAUAAGAAUUAUUAUUACUGCUAAGAAUAAAACAACCAAUGUAACAUAGUAAAAGGCAAGAAAACUAAACAAACUAAACUAAAAUAAGAACAAAACGAGUAGGUUACACUAUCAAAUAUUACUAAAAUAGUAAGAGCAAAUUAUAAUAAUUAUUAUGAGUAGUUUAGAGUCAAAUUUGCAGGACACUUGCACAGAACCGGACCAGGCUUGGGACAUAAGAAAGACGUGGAAGAACUGGUAGGUAUGCAGGGCAGGAAACUUCCAGACACAUUCAGCUGAUCAGUGAAGUGUCGUUAGCGACAGUUCAUAAAGCUGCAGUGUCUGGCUGCAUGUGUUUUGGAGGCGGCACAUGCUAGCCUUCACUGCUCCAGCUUGGUAGCAGCGUAUGUGAUGGAGAGGAACUGCUGAUGCAGGAAAGGAGGAUUUGUGAAGGACAGACACAUGGAAUAGGAAGAAGACAGUGACGGAGAAUGAGGACGAAUAACACAGGGAGGGACCGAGAUCAGGACAGGAACAUGAACACGGAUAGAAACGAGGACAAUGAUGAGACUGGAGACAGACUGAAGACUAGAAGUGGACCUGAGGACGAGAUGUGAGCUAGAAAUAGGUGAAUCAGGUUUUUACAGGAGACUGGAAAGAGUAACUGGACGGUGGACUGAAGACUGGACACAGCAGAUAAAAAAUUACUUUAUAUUUAUUUAUUAAUUCUAUAUUUAGUUUAGUGAUCUGUUUUGCUAUCCGGUGUCGACCAGAGGAGGACUGGUUCCCCUUUUAAGUCUUGGUUCCUCUCAAGGUUUCUCCCUCUUGAUCUGAGGGAGUUUUUCCUUGCUACUGUCGCCACUGGCUUGCUCAAAAGGGGCUCGGACCCGGAUUUAGCUAUUUAGGUUUAUUUUAUAUUAAACUGAAUAUUAGACUUGGUCAGUGUGAACACUGCCAAUUAAAACUUUGAGUAAUUAUUAACAUUGGCUAGUACAAUUUAAUAUCUAUGUUACAAUUUAAUUUUAUACUUCAAAGCAGAAGGGCAGAGCACUUUUAUGACCAAUAUGGUUGACUAUUCUUCAUUGUUGUUUUCAUAAACUCAAAUAAUUAAUCAUACAUAAUAUUUAUAUUCUAGCACUCAGGCAAAAAUACUUAUAGUUAGUGCAUUUGUCACCCAGUCUCAAAAGGGAAUUUAAGCAUUUUCUCUAAUUAGAAACAAAGAUGUAUCUGUUUCUUAUUAAUUCAUAAACUAGUAUUAACCAGUAAAUCUCUGAACAAUUAACAAAGAUAUAAAUAAAAUUUUACUGCCCUAUUAAAAAAAACAAAUAAAAAAUCCCUAUAAUAGACAGAUAUAUUUAAUUGUACAAGAUUCACAAAACCAAUACAGAAAAUAAAAAGUAGAUUUAUUAUAAGCUUAUUAGGUUUAUUAGGGACUUCCCCUCAAACAACCACAAAAAUAUAUAUUAUAAAGACCAAUAAAUACAGAAUUAAUAUUUAACCUAACAUAAGUAAAUAAGGAGGCAGGUAAAAAUGUAACGCAUCUCCUUCUUCAUCAUAAGGUUCUGAGGAUCACAGCUGUUUUAGGGUUUGAUUUAUCAUCAGCAGAUCCACAGUUCAGAACCAGUGAUACUACAGUGAUCCACGUCCUGGGGAAUAAGAUCUCACUGUGUGGAAAGGAUGUUCCUCUCUCUCUUACUUUCAGGAACACAGGAGUAAAUGGGAACGACAGCAGCAGAGUUCUCCUCGUGGCAGCUGAAGUGAAGUUUCUCUGCUGUUUCUCUAAACCUGCCUGUCCUAAAGAGAAUGAAGUUAUGAAGCUAUGAAAUGUUUUACCUCUGAAAAUCUUAAUAAAGUUUAAAAUCAGUUAAAACCUAAA